UUAAACUAUGAAGAAGAGUAAAUGUAACAUGAAGAAGACCCUUGCUUGUGUGCAGGAAUGCAAAAAAUUAGUAGUGUUAUCUUACGAACAUAAAGAAAACAAAUUGACGGUCAGUAUCAAACUCCCAAGUCAUUACACUGUUCAAGAUAUAGAUACCCAAACCAUGGAGGCUACAUUAUUACCAAAUCCUAAGGAUACCAAUGCCACCAUAUUGUUGAUGGGGUUAAGGAGAGGAGGGAAAUCUUCAAUCUGUAAAGUUGUGUUUCAUAAUAUGCAACCAUUGGAUACCUUAUAUUUAGAAAGUACUUCUAAACCUACUACUGAACAAUUUUCAUCAUUGAUUGAUUUAUCAGUGAUGGAAUUACCAGGACAAUUGAAUUAUUUCGAACCUAAUUAUGAUUCAGAGAGAUUAUUUUCCAGUAUAGGUGCAUUAGUAUAUGUGAUUGAUUCUCAAGAUGAGUAUUUAAAUGCUUUAACAAAUUUAUCUAUGAUUAUAGAAUUCGCUUAUAAAGUCAAUCCUAAGAUAAAUAUAGAAGUAUUGAUUCAUAAGAUAGAUGGAUUAUCUGAAGAUUAUAGAAUGGAUGCUCAACGUGAUAUCAUGCAAAGAACAGGAGAUGAAUUAUUAGAUCUUGGAUUAGAAGGAGUUCAAGUAUCAUUUUAUUUAACAUCUAUAUUUGAUCAUUCUAUUUAUGAAGCGUUUUCAAGAAUAGUUCAAAAAUUAAUUCCUGAACUUCCAUCAUUAGAGAAUAUGUUGGAUAAUUUAGUUCAACAUUCAUCGAUUGAUAAAGUAUUUUUAUUUGAUGUUAAUUCAAAGAUUUAUGUGGCAACAGAUUCAUCACCAGUUGAUAUUCAAACGUAUGAAGUUUGUGCGGAAUUCAUUGAUAUAACGAUUGAUUUAGAUGAUUUAUACGUGGAGAAUGAUGAUGAUGAUGAUAAUAAUACCAAACAACCAAGAGAAUUAAGAUCAGUGAGUCAUUUAUCCCAAGGUUCAAUAUUAUAUUUGAAACAAAUGAUUAGAGGAUUAGCAUUAGUUGCACUCAUAAAGAAUGAAGAUGCAAGAAGUUUACCAGGUAAUAAUGAUAAUGAUUUUGAUCAAAAACUUCAAUCGAAUUCAGCAGUUCAAGAUAAAUCAUUAACCAUCAUAGAUUACAACAUUAAUUUAUUUAAAAAGGCAUUGAUGCGUAUGUGGGAGCAUUCUAGAUUUGUACCUGUAGAGUCAAACAACAAUUGAUUGAAUCAAAUUGUUGUCAGCCACUUAUUUGUAGAUUAGCAUAGAUAUCAAAAUACACACAUAAAAUUAACUAACUAAUUAAUUAAAUCGAAUCGAAUCGAAUCAAUGAUCAAUCAUACAACUUUUUAAAUCAAUCAAAUCGCCA